CAACUCUAGCUGAUGCGUGACGGAAAACACUGCAUUUUCACGCCACCAAAGACACCUACAAGAUGAGCACGCGACAUCAACGCUCAGUGUUUCAUUCGCUAUGCUUUCAUCAGCUCCUUUCAACCUCCACUGCCCACAGCGUUGAUUCGCUUGCCAAUGCGUCUUGUCUACCAUUCAACUUGAACACUGGCAGUGUCGCCUUUUCCACGAUAUGAACAUGUGGCCCGGGGAGAUGACUUCAUUCACGACCGCGAACCCAACAACCCAACACCCUCUUGCCAGCAUACUCUGUGAACGUGAUGUCGACGGGCUCUACGACACGUUCCUGUGUCCCGACAAAGAUGACACGCUCGACGAUGAUUCGGACGAGCGGCCGCAGCUACUAUCAGAACAGGUCAUCGACGGCAUGAUUCUCGAUUUCGACAUUAUGUCCUUCGUUGGCGACGUCGAGGAGCCACCGGACUUCCCUCGUACGAAUGACGAGGUACAAAAGCAGUUUCGGGAUGAAGAAAUGCGGUGGGCACCUGCAGUGACGUUUACCGAACGCGCAAUGUUGAAGAAGAUGGCGCCUUUGUACCCUGUCGCUCCCCCGCCAAUGACAGGAGUGGUGCUCUUUCUGAUGAGACAACUUGCUUUCAUCGACGACGAUUAUGUUGUGGACAAGCUGGGACAAUGAGGGAGAGUUGUAUGGUGAGUACGUGCACGCCAUUACCUUUUGCAGUCUGAUAUGGUAGGACAACAACUUCAAAGGUAAGUCAACGCAGAAUGUCCUCGUCGUGUGGCAUCUGCAGUAUAAAGCGUUUCUUGAGCAAUGAUUCAUCUGGGACUCGGACACAUCGACUGUUAUAUGUACGGGCGUACUUUCGCCACACGAUAAGUAUUGCGCUCUGUUUGAUAGGUUGAUACUGCAAGUAUGGGGUUAUGAACAGAAUCGACGCACACCUCGGACAAUGCCCUGAUGUUUUUUGCCUGACGUCUCGUCGAUCGUCCUCGGCGGACAACUUCUGAUCACCAGUUUACUGGACCUUGAUUCUUAGCGGCCCCCACAGGAGGUG